UCGUGUGCGCGUGUGCGUUCGAGGCCUCUUCGAUUUGUUGCGCACUAAGUCUCGAACGAGUGACCAUGAAUCGUUCUAAGCUGUGGAAAAAACGAGGCCGCUACAAGAAAUUCUUGCACCCUGGUGCAAAAUUCGAAGUGCCGAAGUCGACAGUCAGCAGACACCGGCUCGCGAAUGCAGCGGUAUCUUCAGUUGCCGAAAAUCAGACAGGCACGUCCUGGGGCGACGGGGAAACCACAAGCUCUACUGCGAUUCCCCUGCAAACUGAUGCAUUGCCUCUGAACGAAAAUAUUACACAGCCAGAUGAAGAUUUGGCUGGUGACUCGAGUGAGGCAUCCCAUGACAGCCUGAAUGCACAAGAACCAGAUGAGGAUGCGCCUAGCGACUCGAGUGAGGCAUCCCAUGACAGCCUGAAUGCACAAGAACCAGAUGAGGAUGCGCCUAGCGACUCGAGUGAGGCAUCCCAUGACAGCCUGAAUGCACAAGAACCAGAUGAGGAUGCGCCUAGCGACUCGAGUGAGGCAUCCCAUGACAGCCUGAAUGCACAAGAACCAGAUGAGGAUGCGCCUAGCGACUCGAGUGAGGCAUCCCAUGACAGCCUGAAUGCACAAGAACCAGAUGAGGAUGCGCCUAGCGACUCGAGUGAGGCAUCCCAUGACAGCCUGAAUGCACAAGAACCAGAUGAGGAUGCGCCUAGCGACUCGAGUGAGGCAUCCCAUGAAAGCCUGGGUGAAGAGCAACCAGGGAGGAGACCCCAUAUGUCCCAGCCAAAUGACAAUUUCACUGACUUAUUUCGGGAAAUUGUAACAGAGAAAGUGGUUGUGUCAAGGGGGGACAUUCUCUUAAUGGUGAUGAAAUAUGCUCUGAAAACAAACUUGUCUUUAACAGCGCUUUCAAAUCUCACUAAAACGAUUAAUUUAAUGUUUGAACGACCGAUUUUGCCUCACUCGCAGUACAUGUUUGGGAAGCUAUGUAGUACUGUUGGGACGAAAAUGACGUUUCAUUUUUUUUGUCCGAAGUGUUAUGUGCACGCAGGUCACUCACAGACAAACACAUCUCUACAGUGUCCAAAGUGUGGCCACGUCAUGGAGGUCUCCGCCAUGGCAGAUGCGCCAUUUUUUGUUCUCCUAGACAUACCAUCACAGGUGCAAAAGCUUGUCAAAAACUGCGAUUUACUUGACCUCACAAAACCGCUUAGAUGCCGCAACACCUUGUCUGAUAUAACAGAUGGACAGUUGUACCGCGACUUUGUAACCUCCACAGUUGGUUUUGGCAACAGGAUCAGUUUUGUUUUAAAUACUGAUGGAGCACCUCUUUUUAAGUCUAGCGGGACUGCCAUUUGGCCUGUGCAGCUUCUCAUAAAUGAGAUUCCACCAGAGCAGCGCAUGAACAAACUUGUCCUAGCAGCACUCUGGUUUGGAAAAGAGAAGCCAGAUAUGGGAUUAUUUCAAGGUCCUUUUGUAGAUGCAUUGAACAAGCUUGGAGAAUAUGGAUUCUUGCUUGAGCAUGAAGGAAAAGAAAAGGUAUUUAAAGCCUUUUGUAUCUGCUGUGCUGUAGACACAGUUGCUAGAGCACCCAUGCAGGGUGUGAUGCAAUUCAAUGGUUAUUAUGGGUGCAACUGGUGUCUACAGCGAGGAGAUAGAGUUGCAGGAGCUACGAAAUAUCCUGUGCAACAAAAUGAGCCCAUUGAGCGCACCGAAGAACAAAUGCUCCAUGAUAUGGAAACGGCAGUAAAGGAUGGAGCUCCUGUCCAUGGCGUGAAAACUGUGUCACCCCUGAUAAAUUUGCAACAGUUCAAUAUAGUGUCGGGAUUCGUUCCAGACUAUAUGCACUGCGUCCUGCUGGGCCUAGGGCGCCAGUUCCUGGAAUUAUGGCUGGAAGGCACUGGACGGGAAUUUUACAUAGGCCGCCACCUAAGAAUUAUUGAUGAACGGUUGCUCUCAUUAACACCUCCAAGAGAAGUGAAGCGAAUGCCCAGAUCAUUGAAAGAGAGGAAGUGGUGGAAAGCCAAGGAAUUGGAAAACUGGAUCCUUUUUUACAGCCUUCCUGUGCUUGAAGGGAUCUUGGAGAGAAAGUAUUUGCAGCACUGGGCAUGCCUUGUAGAAAGCUUGCAUCUCCUCCUUGAGGAGCACUUGUUCACCUGUGACCUGGCCAUUGCAGAAAAAUAUUUGCUUGAAUUUCACAUCAAAACAGAGGUUCUUUAUGGGAAGGAGUCCAUGACGUACAACAUGCACCAGGUCACCCACUUAGCCAAAAGUGUGCACCAAUGGGGGCCGCUAUGGUCUCAUUCAGCAUUUCCGUUUGAAUCCGGAAAUGGUUCACUGAAGUCAACUGUGAAAGCAACAAACGGAAUUCCGCAUCAAAUCUGUCGCUCACUGCAAAUGCAGAGUGCAGUGUAUGAGCUAACAAAACUGUCUGAGGCACCUCAAAUUCUGGCAUACUGUUCUUCCUUCGAUAAAACUGUAACCCAGAAAGCAGUUUCAGUGUGUGGAAAUAUUAAUUUUUUUGGUAGAGGAGCUCUGUAUUCACGAAGUGACACAUCGGUGCAAAACCAUGACAAGCUCUCUGACCAUGUUCAGCAGUUUUCUCGCGUGCUAAAAAAAAAGACUGUCCUCACCAACAGAAAGUAUGCAGAAAACAAAAGGACUAAUAGCUCUUGUGUUCAGCUUACAAGUGGUGCAUAUGCUGUCAUUGAACAUAUAUUAUGUGACAACAACUCUCAAGCAUAUGCUGUAGUCCGUCGGCUAAAGUGCUCUCCUCUCAGGUACAUGUCGACAACCAUGAAACAUCUUUCAAAAGUGGUUGGGCAUUCAUCAAGAAUGGAGCUUAUUGAAUUGACAGAUGUCUGCAAAGUCUGUGUGCUUAUUCAGCUUGAUGAUACUUAUAUAUCUCCUGUCCCGAGCUCUUUCACACUGUAGUUUUAUAGUGUCAGCGAUUGAAAAUUUUGGUGAAAGUCCAUUUGGUCAGGAUAUACAGUACACAUGGAUUGAAAUGUGCAAAUUUAGGGCUAAGUAUAAUGCGCAUGCUUUUUUUCCAGCUUCUACAGUUCAUGUCAUAUCGGCGUAAUUUUGACUCGAAUGCUUACAUCAGGGUAACCUUGCUUUUAGCGUCCUGAUUUUCAACAACUUGAUGUGGUUGUCACAAGGAAUUGCACGUAGCAGUCGUUAUACUACAAAAAAGUGAUGUCGUGUUUUAAUAUACUGUACAUUUGUUCCUGGAAAUAACACAUCGAGUUGGCACUUUGAGUAGUGCUUUUGCUGUCUGUUUCGGUACUCUGUCUCUUGACAUUGGCCGCAAAGCUAUAAAGUGCCCGUUUCUUUAGAGAGACAAAAGUGUUUCCUACCCUGUAAUGGCAGACAUUUGUAUAACAGUGUUUCAAUCCGUGAAAUAUUUUGUAGUGUUGUUCGGACAUUUGAUACAAACGUUGUAUGUUGCUUCGUGUUGCCAGACUGAAUAUGCGUCUGACUAUACUCCGAUGUAUCUGGCUUAAUGUGCAAAUUCUCUUGUAUGUAUACGUGCACUUAAAUUUUAGAUGGACGCAGCUCGGGCUGCUUUUUGCAUUUUGGUUGAAUGUGAAUGUUCUUAUCUAUGUACAUGUGACUAUUCAGUUUUGUUAUAUUGUGAUUUGAGAUAUUUUAGCGUACAGUGCAUGAAGUUCAAAUAAACGACAUAAGCAAAAGAUAUAAAGGUCUUUUUUGUGCUUGUUUCUACAGUUUGUGCAAAUGUAGAAAUCAGCCACUGAUGUUUGAGACAUUUAAAGGCCUCCACACCAUUUUUUAUAGCACGUACAUACUAACAGGAAGAUGUACGUGGAGUGUACAUGUUGUAAUAGUUUGUGACCAUCGUAAAACUAAAUUAUGGGAGUAUUGGAGCAGAUAUGGUGCGAAUUUUUUUUUUAUUUUGCACAAUAAACACUUAAAUGCAUCUUGAAAUCAUUCCAAAAUACAUGAGUCAAUACAU